UUUCCGGUCUUUAGUAGCACCCAGAUCCGAUCUUGUCGGUCAAACGCUCAAUAAGUGUGAAAAUGGCGACCUCCAUGCAAAUAGCAUGGAAACACCGAUUGCUGCAAACAACAUUGACUCAUCUUUGUGGAAGUACACCCCAGAGAAGUUGUCAGAUCGCUGCUCAAACCAUCACACCGACCAAGGCUAAGCUGAUGCGAGUCAAAAGAGACAUCAAGAUACCGAAGAAAAAGAAAAGAGAUUCCGUAUCUAUUCUACAGGCUUUGUCAGAGGUUGCUGGCAAGGAUCACACCGUCCCCGACUACAAACCAACAUAUACAGAUGAUCGAUUCGUUAUACCAUACAAUCAGAAGGCACAAUCAUUUCGAUUUGCUUUGACCUCAGGAAGGGUGUCAGCUCAGUAUUUUAUCCAGCACUUCCCGGAAUGUUUUGCUACAAAGAAGAGUGUACCCCACAUACUAGCACUAGAGCCAAAACAGGGCCGGGCUAAGGUGGAAGGAACCUCAGAGGAGGCCUUACAGGAAAAGAUACAGAUCAAUCUUGUGGCAGAUGCUAUGCAAAUGUAUGAGAAGAUAAUUGAUGAAGGUGGAAGUGUUGCCAUAGAAACAACAGAGGAUCUGGUGGAUAUGAUCAUGUUCAACUUUGGACAGGAGCAAGAUAAAAUUACAACCAAUCCUUUCAAUUUACAAAUAGCAUCUGCCUGGUCUCAUCCAGAACAAAUACCAGGAGAUUUCUUACAAGAAUUUCUUGAAUUAGUGAGAACAGAAAAAACUUCAAGGAUGUAUAAAUCCAUCAUCCUCGGCUUUUGUAAGUUUGAACAUAUGACAACAGCACUGGAUUACUAUGAAGAGAUGAAAAGCAAAGGAUUUCAAUAUGACAGAGACAUUAUCCACGCACUCCUGUCACCCAACCCACCAUGGUCAAACAAGAUGCCCUUACCUGCUAGCACUGCACGGAACCUCCUCAAAGACAUGAAGACAGCGGGAAUUGCUCCAACAGAAGAGACGUUUAGGAGAUUGGUGUCUGGACCAGGCUCAUAUUGUCCAGACAUUUCCUUCUUCACGGAGAUCUUCAAUGAAAUGAAGGCCCUAGGAAUGAAACCUUCCCUGUCCAUGUGUCAAGUCUUUUUGAAAUUCAGCCAUGAAAAAUCAGAUUUUGAGCAGAUCCUGAACUUUGUAGAGAAGGAAAAUAUCAAGGCUACCUCUGAAAAUGAAAUGGGAUUCUUCGUUGACGCUAUGCUAUUAAGCGAUUCUGAAUUCCGUAGUCCUGAGUACGCGUUGAGGGUGGACACACUAUUCCGUGCGUUAGGAGAGAGCUAUUACUUCGAGACUGUUGAUGAAUCUAGAAGAUACUACCGCUCAUUUAUAGUUGUUUUCUUAAAAUACGAAACUUUAGAAAACAUCCUGGAAAUCUAUGAAAGAGUUGUUCCACAUAAAUUGCAACCUAUAAACUUUCCUCUGCACAGGCUCUUGGAACAAAUGAAAAUAAAAGAAGAUUUCGGCCAUUUAUCAAAAUUGGUUAGAGACGUCUUCAUGGCUACAAAAGACCUUGAGAAAGAUAGUAUUCAGGACAUAUUUGAAACAAUUGAUGCAGUCAAAGGUCCUCAGGAGGUGUUGCAAGAGCUAUCUGACGUCUUUGAAGUUAUAACAGCAGAUUUUAAGCGGUUUCAAAUGAGAAAGUCUCAAACAAGAACUAUGCCAGAAUUGAAAUAUUUUGUGAUUGCAUUCAAAAUCAAUAUGAAGGCGGGCCACUUUGAACGAGCAUGGGCUAUUUUUGAGAUCAUUGAGAACUGUGCUGCAUUGAAAGAGGCUCAGUGUGUUGAACUGCUUCAUCAAUGUGUUCAAAGGGACGAAGAGAAUAAAGCACAGCGGGUUGAAACUUACAUGAAAAACCGUCUAUAAUACAGACUUUGGUGUAAAACCUCUACAAAGAUUGAAAAUGAAGCAAAGAUGAUCUACCCAAUGCGGGUCUCCUAUAUGUUGGGAUUGUUCAGUUGGACGGUACAUAUGGAAUAGGGUGCCAUAACAAAGGGACCAUCUUUUUUAUCUAUACUGUAGAUGUCUUGUAUAAAGUAAAGGAUUAGUUAAACUGGUUUUCAAAUGUGUUGACCACUCAUUUCUUACAUCUCUUAAUAAGAAUACACAGUGGCACUCCUUCCUAUUGAAUUGUUUGUGCUACACAUUUUAUAACAAGGGAACUCUCAAAAUGGGGAUUGUGUCAAUUCAAACCAUUGAUAUGUUUACUUUUUUACAAUCAAGCCACUAUUCAUCUGGUGGCCCCAAAGUAAAGUCGUGGAUGUAGGGUAAUGAUUUGUACAUCUCUGUACGCAAGUUUUCAAGUCAUACAGCUUUUUCACAAUUGAGCCACAUUGCUGAGAUCACAAGUGACAACAUAAUAAGGUUCCGCUGUCUAGUAGUUGGUCUGUGGUAACAAAGCCCCGAAGUAAUUAUCAAGUCUAAACAUUACUGGUCUGUAUAGUUUGAUAAAUAAGCACCAAAGUAAUUAACAAGUCUAAACUUUACUUGUCUGUAUAUAGUGUAUGGACUUUGGUAACAAGGCAACAAACUAAUUAACAAGUCUAAACUUUACUUGUCUGUAUAUAGUGUAUGGACUUUGGUAACAAGGCACCAAACUAAUUAACAAGUCUAAAUAUUACUGGUCUGUAUAUAGUGUAUGGUCUUUGGUAACAAGGCACCAAAGUAAUUAACAAGUCUAAAUAUUACUGGUCUGUAUAUUGUGUAUGGACUUUGGUAACAAGGCACCAAAGUAACUAACAAGUCUAAAUAUUACUGGUCUGUGUAUAGUGUAUGGACUUUGGUAACAAGGCACCAAAGUAAUUAACAAGUCUAAAUAUUACUGGUCUGUGUAUAGUGUAUGGACUUUGGUAACAAGGCACCAAACUAAUUAACAAGUCUAAAUAUUACUGGUCUGUAUAUAGUGUAUGGACUUUGGUACCAAAGGCCCUCUGUUGUUGACAGAGUAAAAUCACUAUGGAGUAUAUGAACUAUGAUUUGUGGCAACAAGGCCCCACACAAAUUAACAACUGAAAAAAUAACUUAUAUACUGGUAGUGUAUUUACUUUGGUAACAAGACCUAAUAGUAAUUGACACGUGUAAUUACUCUAUGGACUUUGGUAACAAGACCUAAUAGUAAUUGACACGUGUAAUUACUCUAUGGAGUUUGGUUACAAGACCUAAUAGUAAUUGACAAGUGUAAUUACUCUUAUGGACUUUGGUAACAAGAUCUAAUAGUAAUUGACACGUGUAAUUACUCUAUGGACUUUGGUAACAAUACCUAUCAGUAAUUGACACGUGUAAUUACUAUAUGUACUUUGGUAACAAGACCUUAUAGUAAUUGACAAGUGUAAUUACUCUAUGGACUUUGGUAACAAGACCUAAUAGUAAUUGACAAGUGUAAUUACUCUAUGGACUUUGGUAACAAGACCUAAUAGUAAUUGACAAGUGUAAUUACUCUAUGGACUUUGGUAACAAGACCUAAUAGUAAUUGACAAGUGUAAUUACUCUAUGGACUUUGGUAACAAGACCUAAUAGUAAUUGACAAGUGUAAUUACUCUAUGGACUUUGGUAACAAGACCUAAUAGUAAUUGACAAGUGUAAUUACUCUAUGGACUUUGGUAACAAGACCUAAUAGUAAUUGACAAGUGUAAUUACUCUAUGGACUUUGGUAACAAGACCUAAUAGUAAUUGACAAGUGUAAUUACUCUAUGGACUUUGGUAACAAGACCUAAUAGUAAUUGACAAGUGUAAUUACUCUAUGGACUUUGGUAACAAGACCUAAUAGUAAUUGACAAGUGUAAUUACUCUAUGGACUUUGGUAACAAGACCUAAUAGUAAUUGACAAGUGUAAUUACUCUAUGGACUUUGGUAACAAGACCUAAUAGUAAUUGACAAGUGUAAUUACUCUAUGGACUUUGGUAACAAGACCUAAUAGUAAUUGACAAGUGUAAUUACUCUAUGGACUUUGGUAACAAGACCUAAUAGUAAUUGACAAGUGUAAUUACUCUAUGGACUUUGGUAACAAGACCUAAUAGUAAUUGACAAGUGUAAUUACUCUAUGGACUUUGGUAACAAGACCUAAUAGUAAUUGACAAGUGUAAUUACUCUAUGGACUUUGGUAACAAGACCUAAUAGUAAUUGACAAGUGUAAUUACUCUAUGGACUUUGGUAACAAGACCUAAUAGUAAUUGACAAGUGUAAUUACUCUAUGGACUUUGGUAACAAGACCUAAUAGUAAUUGACAAGUGUAAUUACUCUAUGGACUUUGGUAACAAGACCUAAUAGUAAUUGACAAGUGUAAUUACUCUAUGGACUUUGGUAACAAGACCUAAUAGUAAUUGACAAGUGUAAUUACUCUAUGGACUUUGGUAACAAGACCUAAUAGUAAUUGACAAGUGUAAUUACUCUAUGGACUUUGGUAACAAGACCUAAUAGUAAUUGACAAGUGUAAUUACUCUAUGGACUUUGGUAACAAGACCUAAUAGUAAUUGACAAGUGUAAUUACUCUAUGGACUUUGGUAACAAGACCUAAUAGUAAUUGACAAGUGUAAUUACUCUAUGGACUUUGGUAACAAGACCUAAUAGUAAUUGACAAGUGUAAUUACUCUAUGGACUUUGGUAACAAGACCUAAUAGUAAUUGACAAGUGUAAUUACUCUAUGGACUUUGGUAACAAGACCUAAUAGUAAUUGACAAGUGUAAUUACUCUAUGGACUUUGGUAACAAGACCUAUCAGUAAUUGACAAGUGUAAUUACUCUAUGGACUUUGGUAACAAGACCUAAUAGUAAUUGACAAGUGUAAUUACUCUAUGGACUUUGGU